AUGGCGCUAGAUGAAGUGUUUAUGCAUCUGCGUAUCUUUGAGAUCGGCCAAAAAUUUGGAGAGAACCUACGACAGGGGGCUGGCGGCCACUUGACUGGACACGUUUACUCAUCGUAUUUGAAGAUUGUAUUAGAAGCUAUGACAUUGCUAUGGACCAUGCUUUAUGAGUACUUUGCGUUCGACGUACCAGCUCCAAAGCUAAGAAAAGCUUUCAAGACUGGUAAGCUUAGACUUACAGCUGACCAACUCAAGGGUAGUGGAUCUGUCAUACAUCUUCACCCUGCAUCCUAUGAGAAGGCACUCAAGGCUCGCAAGGCAGGUCGCGGUGUGCGUCUUGACAUCACCAAGCAUGAAAUCAAGAAAGGAUACAAGCAGGCUCAAGGUGGAUCGAUCUGGUCCAAGGUAUGGGGUGGUAUCAAAUCAGCCUUCAAGUUUGCUAAAGAUUCAGGUCUGUUGUCUCGCGCAGCUGAUGCAGCUGUACCAGCCAUUGCGACCGCACUCGGAGCUCCCCAGGGUGCUAUCCCAGCAAGAGCAGCAAUCCGUUCAAUGAGCGGUAUCGGUGUUUAUGAUGACGCGGGUGAUAAGGAAGGAGGACGACUAACUAUGACUGACGUCAAGAAAGGAGCAAAGCGAGCGCUAUCAUAUGCGAAACGUAAGGGUAUUCUAACUGAUGUAGUUGAUUCAGGUGAGAAGUACCUACUAUUUAAGGCUACUAGGCCUGAGCAUGAGGAUCUAAUUAAGUCUAUUCGAGGUGAGGUACGUCGUCGAUAUAGCGUUGGCGUUGCUAAGCCCAAGGCUAUGAUUUAUCCUCAUAUGCGAGAUCAUGAGGCUUACGAAACGUUAUGGAUUAAGAAGCUUAAGGCAUGCAACAAGAAUCUUCCAUUUGCCAUUAAGAAAUGA